AAUCCCUUCGCACCUCGCCCUGCAGCCGGCACUGCGGACCCAGACAUCCGGCUGCUCCAAAUUUGUCGAUGCGUGGGCCCCGGAGGAGGAGGAGGAGGAGGAGGAGGAGGAGGAAGAGGAGGAGGACCACUAGGGCCGGUUCUUCGUCCUGAGCCGUGUUUUGUCGCUCCUGGGGCCUGUUGAGGCCCCCCCAGAGGCCGAAAAUGACAAAAACCAGCCGCUCCAAUGUUUUGGAGCGUCGGAUCUCUGGGGAACAGGUCGCACCUCCAGCACUUGCGAAGAACGAGGCGGGGCCGGGUCGACCGCCGGGUCUCGGAUGCCGCUGGGCGCCUGCAACUAACACACACGAUGGCAGGGCGGAUCGCACCCUCGGGCGCGUCACGCGUGACAGAGAACUCACGGGCGGAGGAGGAGGAGGAGGAGGAGGAGGAGGAGAAGGGGGAGGGGGAGGAGAAGGAGUGGGGCUCUGCCACGCGGCGCGACUUCGAAAAACAAGUUCAAAAGAUAAUCGGCGAUGCGCCUCAGCGCCCCGCCUCUGCCAAGCUGAAGCGGCCGUAGCCGUAGCGGCUUCUCUCCUGGACUGGCCAGGGAGGAGGCAGAAGAGGAGGAGGGGUAGCAGCAGCGGCCGCAGCAGCAGGAGCAGAAGGAAGCGGAGGAAGCUGAGGAAGAUAAGGACGAGGGCGAGGAGAAAGCCUAGGAUGAUGGCGAAGAGGAAGCAAGGGAGAAAGGGAAAGAUCGGCGCAGCUGGCACUGCGACAUUCAGGAGAGGGAGAAUUCGCCACUUCCCGAUGCAGGUCAGACCCUCACUUGCGGCUGCCGAACUGGAAGUAGAAGCCGCCAGCGAUGAUCAAAGCCCCGGCAACUAAAUUCCCGAGCGUGACUGGAAGAAGGUUCUGCAUGAAGGUCUGCAUGUAUGUCAUCGGCGAGCCCGCGAGGAGGCCAGCCGGCAAGAUGAACAUGUUCGCGACGGAGUGCUCGAAGCCGAUGCCCACGAACAUGGAGAUGGGGAACCAGAUGCCAACCAUCUUGCCCGUGAGGUCCUUCGCCUGGGUGCACAGAAAGACCGCCAUGCAUACCAGCCAGUUGCACAAGACGGCCUUCACGAGUGUCUGGCCGAGCGUGCCGCCGCACUUCUUGGCCACCGUCAUCACGGCCAUGGAGCCUGCGCCACCAGUCAGGAGGCCGGUGUACCAGGCCGCAAUAGCCAGUCCUCCGCAGCCGAUCACGUUGCCAACCCAGGAGUAGACGAAGCUCCUCAGCAUCUCCUUGACCUUCACCUUGCCCUCGAGGAACGCGCACGACACCGUGGCGGUGUUGCCGGUGUACAGCUGGCAGCCCGACUGCAGCACCAGCAGCAGGUUCACGGGGAACAGAGCCGCGAAGAUGAACUUCUGGGCGCCGAGGGUGGCCUCUUUGAGCAGGGGUUCCCGGCCACGGUGAGAGAGAGCAGGCCGGCCAUGCCGACGUAGGCCCCGCCCAUGAUCGAGCUGUGCAUCAGCUUCCAGAAAGGCAUGUUCGCGUUGGCGACGCCCUUGUCCACCAGAGCCUCCAGGACCGACCGGUCUCCUUGGGCGUGAUCACCAGCGCGACGUCGUCGCCGCCGGCCCUCCGCACGCCCCCGGCGGGCCGGCGCCUCGCGAGCAGCGCGGCGCCGCAGAGCGCGGGCGCCAGGAGCGCCCCCGCCGCCCCGAGG